GUCUGGGCAAGAGAGGUAGCCUUGGGUGUAUCGGUGAUGGAGUGAUGGGAGGAGCUGGAUAUGGGUCAUGGCGACGUAGACUUUCUCGGGGGGCUUGUGGCCGGGUCGUUGAGAGAGGGCAUCAGCAACGUGGUUGCUUUUGUCGGGGGUAUGGCAAAUGGUGAAUAUGAACUGGGCAAGGAAGUCGAGCCAUCGAGCUUGGCGUGGGGUGAUGUCUUUCUUGGUGAGGAUGGAAGAAACGAUGGUGUUGUCAGUGCGGAUGGUGAAGUAUUGUCUGUCGAGGUACGAGCGCCAGACUGUGAGGGCAUGAAUCACGGUGAGGAGUUCCUUCUCGUUGGAGGGGUAAUUCAUCUCCGCGGGAAGGAGCUUCUUGCUUGCGAAGGCGAUGGGAUAUCCGUCGGGUGGAGCCUCGGGAUCGCCAACCCCACUCGCCAUUUCUAUGUCACCAUUGAUGCCUCCGACUUCGCCAUUGAGUUUGUGGAGAGGGUAAGAGAUCUCGGAAAAGUUGCGAAUGAACGGGCGGUGAUAGUUGGCAAGGCCGAGGAAGGAACGGAGUUGGAGGAGGGUCUUGGGCGGGGGGUACUCGACGAGGGCUGUGACAUUCGAGGGGUCCAUACGGAUGCCUUCAGCGGAGACAAUGUGGCCAAGGUAUUCGACGCUCGAAGCGGCAAACGUACAUUUGUUGUGCUUGGCGUAGAAUUUUUGCUCUCGGAGGAUCGAGAGGACUUGGCGAAUGUGCUGAAGGUGGGACUCGAAGGUGGGGCUAAAGAUGAGGAUGUCAUCAAGGUACACCGCAACACAGACUUCGAGGAGGUCACGAAAGAUGUAGUUCAUGAUGUACUGGAAUGUGGCGGGGGCAUUGGUGAGUCCGAAAGGCAUUACGAGGAACUCGUAGUGCCCAAACCGAGAGCGGAAUGCGAUCUUGUGGGUGUCCUCCUCGCGGAUAUGGAUCUGGUGGAAGCCACUGCAGAGGUUGAUCUUGGUGAAAUAUUUGGCUCCACGGAGGCGAUCAAGGAUCCGGGGGAGUGGGUACUUGUUCUUGAUCGUGAUCUGGUUCAAGGCACGGUAGUCUGUGCACAUGAGGAGUUCCGAGGUGUCGUUCUUCUUGACGAAGAGUCAAUUGGUUCCGAAGGGGGAGGAGCUAGGCUUAAUGAAUCCUUUUCCAAGGAGUUCAUUGAGUUGGCGCUUCAUUUCUUCAGCCUCGGGGACAGAGAGUUGGUACGGAGGGCGGGCUCGAGAUCAAUGAUGUGGGAUACACCUCGAUCGGGAGGUAAACCAGCGGGCAAGGACUCGGGGAAGACGUCCUUGAAUUCAGAGAGGAGAGCGGUGAUGUGAGGAUCGGAAGGGGGAUCUUGGUCGGGUUUGUCCAUUGGAAGCAAGUCCUCGGGACGCU